CUCCUCUUCUUCUGUAUUUGAACACAGCUCUACAUUUUUUUCAUGGCUUCUCAACCAGAAACUCGUACGGAACUUACAGUUACUAUAAGAAAUAGGGUUUCAGUAUAUCCAAAAACCCUUCACCCUCCCAAAAUUCUCAACCUAUCAAAUUUGGACAGACAGUGCCCUAAUCUCAUGUACUUAGUCUUAUUUUACAAAUCACCAUCUGAUCAUCAUGCUAAUACCAACAACUCAGUUUUCAGUAGUUUGCAAUCUGGCUUGGAAGAAACGUUGUCGUUUUGGUACCCAGCAGCUGGUAGAUUGAAGUUGAAUCCGAAUGAUGGGAAGCUGAACCUCUGGUGCAACAAUGAAGGUGCAGUUCUAGUUGAAGCAGUGACUCAAGUGAAACUUUCAGAGCUUGGAGACUUGUCUCAGUAUAAUGAGUUGUUUGAAAAACUUGUGUAUAAACCUGUUUUUAAUCCAAAUUUGUCCGACAUGCCUCUAGUGGUUGCUCAGGUGACAAAAUUUGGCUGUGGAGGCUAUUCAGUGGGUGUAGGCGCGAGCCACUCCUUAUUUGACGGACCAGCCACCUUUGAUUUUCUCAGUGCAUGGGCUUCUAAUUCUGAAAUCACCAAACAAAAAGCUAGCCAUGAUCAGCUACAGCUCACUAAACCAGUUCAUGACAGAGGACCGUUACUAUCAGUGGCUAAUAAUUCUCUUGCCCGAAUGACCAAGAUGAGAGCUACAGCUAUUGAUCAUCUGUAUCAGCUGAUACAACAAGCUCUAGGUUCUGACCGGAAUCUCGGUGCAGAUCAACGGCUUUUCGGAGACCGAAACCCGUAUGUUUUGAAGACUUUUCAUCUCAGUGAUGCAAUGAUUAAGAAGCUGAAGAUGAAAAUAUUGGGUGAGAAAAAAGAUGGCUUCUCGUGUUCUUCCUUUGAGGCAGUUGCGGCUCAUCUUUGGAAGGCCAGGACCAAGGCAUUAGGAGUGGACAAAGAAAAAAUGGUGUGCCUGCAAUUUUCCAUGGACAUAAGGAACAAGAUUCAGCCAUCACUUCCUAAAGGUUUCGCCGGCAACGCUUUCGUUCUUGUAUCGGUAACGUUAACUGCCGGAGAACUGGAACGAGAAAGCAAUGAAACCAUAAUAGAGAAGAUAAAACAAGCUAAGAACUGUGUUAAUAAUGACUAUGUGAAUGCAUAUAUGGAGGCACUUGAUGGAUCGGAAUCUACGGUUCUGCCUCCUCUCGAGGAGCUCACGAUGGUUUCAGACUGGACCAGAAUGCCGUUUCACAAGGUUGAGUUGCUACCUGGAAAUGCAGUUUACGCGUCUCCUCUUGUCUCUCCAGUUCCGCAGGUCGCGUAUUUUAUGCAGAAUCCAAUUGAUUUCAGAGGCAUUGAUGUCAGAAUUGGUUUGCCUCCACAAGCUCUUGAUGCUUUCUCACAUUACUUCUUCAUGUCAAUGUACUAACAAACAAGGUAUAAAGCAUUUAUGGAUCCCUGCAAUUGUCCUGUUUUUGAUAUUGGAUCACUCCAUUUUUACUUGUCAA